AUGAAUGCUCAUCCAAUUACUGUCAUCGCAUGUGAUAUCGGUGGUGUAAUCAGAAAUGUGCAGAAUGAUCAGCCAAUUGAAAAUGCUGUGGAAUCUGUGAUCAAAUUGGCACAAAAUCCAUUGAAUAGAGUGAUAUUCAUAUCUAAAUGCAAAGAUAAUUAUAAACAAAGCUCAAAUAUGUUUCUUGAAAGGCACAAUUUAUCCCAUAUUCCAACAUAUUACUGUUUAGAAUAUGGAGAUAAAAUCAAUAUUGCUGAUAACAACCAUGUUAAUAUUAUGAUUGACGAUAGAAUGCAAAUUUUAAGUACUUUUCCAUCUUCAAUUGUUAAAAUAUGGUUUUGUUCGGAUACAAAAAAGAUUGAAGGUGCCAGAAAAUUCCAACCAGAUUUUUUCGAUUCUGUUAGAAUUGCUCGAAGUUGGACAGAUGUAAUGAAAAUAAUUGAAGAAACACAAAUGUAA